AUGCUCCAGCAGCUUGCCCUCGUCGCCCUCGCCGGCCUCGCAGCCGCCACCGGCACCAACCCCGCCGGCAAGGCCAAGGUGGUCAACAACUGCUCGUUUGAAGUGACGCUGUGGUCCGUCGGCAGCGACAUCUCGGCGGCCAACACGCUCGCGGCGCGGGGCGGGCAGUACGCCGAGCAGUACACGCGCGACCCCAAGACGGGCGGGCGCAGCCUCAAGAUCACGCGCGACCGCGACGGCCUCUACACCGGCAAGCCCCAGACCAACUUUGCCUACACCCUCGACCCGGACCGCAUCUGGUACGACCUGUCCGACGUCUUUGGCGACCCCUUUGCCGGCAAGCGCGUCCAGGUCACCUCGUCCAACAGCAACUGCCAGUCCAUUGUCUGGCCCGACGGCCGCCCGCCCGCCGGCAGCCAGGUCAAGACCUGCACGCGCAGCAGCGACACGACCCUUACCCUGUGUGCUUAG